UCCGCACAGCCCAGGGUAACCCCGGGCAACCAGGCUCCCGACCGCCGAGGCCAGAGCUUUAACACCCAGACUGUGAGCUCGGCUCAGCCCUGAGCCAGAGGCCAACCGUUACUGUUAGCUGCAGCCCCCGAUGCGGAGCGUUACCGCGCAGGCGGCGGUCUGUGUGUGCGUCAUCGCGGUCGCCGCUCACUUGUGCUGGUGGCCAACCUCGGCCUGGAGACGGCUGCUCCCAGAAUGGACAAAACCCCAGUAUGAUAUUGUGGUUGGUAUAUUGUCUGCUCGACAGAACUAUGAAUUACGAAAUGCACUGAGGAAUACUUGGUUGGGGAAUAUAAAACAACAUCCAGAAUUAAGACAGCGUGUACUGGCAAAGUUUAUAAUUGGUGCUCAUGGCUGUGACAUACCCGAUGAGGACAGAGAAGACCCCUAUUCCUGUCAACUGCUCAACAUUACGGACCCAGUUGUGGGUCAAGAAAUUGAAGCAAUUAGUCUGUUUGGAAGGACUGCAGUGACAUUGCUUGGCAACAAGAUUGCAAGCAUUAACUUCAGAGUUCUUCAUCCAAUAAUUAUUACAAGACUUGGGGUGUUCCAUGAUCAGAGAGAAACAGGAUUUCCCCGAAAUGUCAUUGUAAGACUCUUCCAACGUGCACAAGAGGGGGUGAUUGCCAGUGCCCGUUUCAGUCCACUCAGCCCUGGGGUGCAAGUAAAGCAGUUGUGGUACAAACCAGUGGAAAAGUUCAUUUUACCUAAGGGAUUUCAAGGUACUAUUGUUUGGGAAAGCCAGGACUCUGAGUACCUCACCACAGCGAAUCUUAGUGAUGUCCAACUCAACACUGGAGGAGGUCUACUGAGACUUUCUGCAGCCCAACUUCAGGAAGAGGACGAGCGGUUGAUUCAGGAUGGAUUUGAACAGGAUGUGGCUGCAGUGGCUGGAGGUUUUGCUUACACCGUUCAUGAUAGUGAUGCUCUUUUGGAAAGCCUCAAAGCCAGACCCAAACGGUUUGAAAACCGCAAACAAAAGCUGAUGGAAGUGGAUGCUGCUCUACGAGAGGAAAGCCAGAUCUAUGAAGAUAUAAUUUUUGUGGAUGUAGUGGACACAUACAGAAAUGUUCCCUAUAAAUUGCUACACUUUUAUAAGUGGUCUGUGAACUAUGUGAGCUUCAGGUUGCUGCUAAAGACAGAUGAUGACUGCUACAUUGAUAUGGACGCUAUACUGCACAGAGUUGGAGACAGACUGGUCAGAACAAAUGUGUGGUGGGGCAAUUUCAGGCAGAAUUGGGCAGUAGAUCACAGUGGGAAAUGGAUGGAGCUGCAGUAUCCCAGUCCAGUCUAUCCCGAUUUUGCCUGUGGCUCUGGUUAUGCUGUUUCUCAGGACCUGGUCCAGUGGCUGGCAGAAAACAUAAAGAUGCUAAAGAUGUAUCAGGGUGAAGACGUUAGCAUGGGGAUCUGGAUGGCUGCAGUGGGUCCUCAACGCUAUCAGGACAUUCAUUGGCUGUGUGAGCAAAGCUGCUCCUUGGGUAUGCUCUCCUCCCCCCAGCAUUCUCCAGUGGAGCUGCUUAAACUGUGGCAAAGGAAUGAGGAGUGUAACAACCCCUGUGAGUGUGCAACAUGAACCACCAGGAGCUCAUUGCUAGUCAAACCUUAGUUUGUAUCCAAAAAAAGCAGCCCUUGGCUCAAAUGGGCCUUGUGUUUAGAGUGUCUAACACUUGGGUUACUCAGCACUUUUCUCACAGCUGGAACAAAUAGAAGGUUUAAAGAAUUAAACUAGUGCCCCAAAA